GGGGGAAGCUCGCGAGGAGGACGACCUUGAGACAGUGUGCGACCCUAUUCCACUCAGCAGCAGCACAAUGGUGUUCUUGCUGAAAUCCAUCGCACUCCUUGCGCAGUUCAGCCUUUCGUGGUCUUUGGCACCAGGAGAUUGUGCUUUCGUUGGCAUCUAUGGUGAGAAGAAGGAUUUCGCCAUCCUUUUGAUGGAGGAUGCAGAUGGCGAGCAAAUCUCGUUGACAGACGGGAAUUUCAAGGACAAGGACUUUGAAUCCAGCCAGCGAGCCCGAGCACAGGAUCACGUGAAAGAUGCUGUCAAGGGAACUGUGUUGAGGAAGUCGGACUUCCAGACGGACAAUGGUUGGUCCUUCGUGGCUCCUUUGGCCCUCACGGUUUACAAGGGAAGCCCAUCAUCUCCCACUCCCCUGUGUGGAGUCAGCUUGGAUGGGAAGGCAGACAAGGUGAUGGUUCGCAGGCUGCAUGAUCAGGUUGCCGCCCUGAAUCUUGGUGAAACCGGGACUCAGCACCUCAUGAACUGGCUCGAGAUGAUGGAGUUCGCAAACUCUCGGGUAUUACCACAACCACCACAACCACCACAACCACCACCACGACCACAACCACCACGACGACAACGACAAUGACAACGACAACCACAACGACAACGACAACGACAACCACAACGACAA